AUGCUGGAGGAAAGGCAAGAUGCAGAGGAAGUAAUGGCACAGGUCGAAGAGAAAGAGCGUAUAGUUGUAGAAUACUUAGAGAAGGCCAAAGCACUCAGAGAGCGGUGGGAAACCCUCAGAGGUGAUGCCAGUAGGGAAGCAGAUAGGAUCCGUCGGGAAGCCAUUCGCCCCCGCAAGAUCAACUUUGUGAGCCCCACCGAUCAUCAGCCGCUCACAACUUCAAAGGACAAUAUGAAGAAGGCUGCGAAGCUUUUGGCCAAGAACGAUGAGGAAAUCAACAUCAACCACCUCCGCACACUCGUAGCCUCAGCCAUGAAGCAACAAAGUAAGGCAGACACUUCGUGCAGGUUGGAAUCUAACCCGAAACUAUGUGUAUUCACCGCGCAGAAGGACGCCUUAGGAAGGGAGCGUCAUGACGAAGAAUCGCGCACCGGAUCCAUGGAGCGCAGAAGAACCAGAGAACAUCCAAAUCCGAUCCCUGCACCCUCGAAAACACCUCCGGCGGACCCAAACAAUGGAAAUGAUCCAAUGUACACUAGCAGGGACAAGUACCGAAACUCGUCACCUCCGCCCCGGAACCCGCAUCCUCCUCCGCCACCUCGCCGACCUAGUCCAGCCGGAAACACAGACCCCAUGGGCCCGGUGGAAUUAACAUCCGCGACAACGUGGCUCCUCAGAUGA